CGAGUCGACGCCCGCAAUUUUCAACCUGACCAUUCCCGACCGCUUCCCCUUCCCGAGCGAUGACUGGAGAAGAACCCGACGCUGGCAGGGACCCCCCAAGCGUGGCCAUCGCCGAUCCUCUCCUGUCCCCUCCGACCUCACCCCUCGAUCUCCCUUUCGACGUGCCGUCGCUCCUCGCCCUCUCCAGACGCGGGCAGUGGCGUGCCGUCCUCGACGCCGUCGCCGUGGCCCGCCGCAGCCAUGGCCUCCUUCCGCACCACCACCUCGUGUGUCUCGCCGUGUCCGCCCUCGCCCUCUCGAAGUUGCGUCGGUUCUCCGACGCCGCCGCCGAGAUCGACGCCCUCGACGCCCCUUUGGAUUCCCCUCGCUUCCGCUUCGAAUCCUACCCGUCUUCCUACCCUGGACGUUCCGGUUCCAUGGUCCCCUUCGCCCUCAGGUUCCUCCACGCUGACCUUCCCCAGCGGCUCGGUACCAGAUCCGUCACCGUCGAUCGCCUCUACGCGCUCUUCGACCUCGUCCGAUCCAAGAUUCUGGAGGAGACCACCACCGCAUCUGCCGACUUGUGGCGACGCAGGGAGGUAUUCGUGAUAGCUUCCCUCUGUUGCAACCACUUCGUCCACCGGGAGUUCGAGGCGGCUCUGGCGCUGGUUAGGCUACUUCUUGAGCGGGAUCCAUCCGACCCUUUGCUCCUCUCCCGACUCGGGUAUGUCCAACUCCAGAUCGGUGACCUGACUGGUGCUAAGGCGUCGUUUGCGAGGUUGGAGAACCUUCAUCCGUCAGGGGAGCGAACAGUGGAGUUGGAAAAUCUUGUCGGGAGGAACAAGGCGCUGGAGUUCAUCGUCGUCAAGGAUUAUGCUGCAGCUGUGAGAGAAUACGAGGAGUGCAUUGAAAGGGAUCCUGCGGAUGUAGUGGCACUGAACAAUAAAGCUCUAUGCUUGAUGUACUCGAGAGACCUGUCCGAUUCAAUCAAGGUUCUAGAGGGGGCUUUGGAGAGGGUUCCAACUGCAGCUUUGAAUGAAACAUUGGUCGUGAAUCUUUGCAGCAUGUAUGAACUAGCAUAUGUCAACCACGGAGAUGUGAAGAAGACUCUUAGCAAUUGGAUUGCUCAGGUUGCACCUGAUGACUUUGACCCCUCGUGUACUCGCAUCUGAUAAGUUCGAUACCUGAGUACCUUAAGCUGAAGUCCAUCUGUGUAAUAAACUGGAUGCUGAAGUCCAUUUGUGAAUUGUGCCAAAUAAACCUCAAGGAAAAGUCCAUAAACCAUACACAAGUUGAUCUCUUUGUGUUUAUCAUCUCUUUCCCUCAAUGAUCAAAACUCUGCUACAAACUUGAAAUGAUCCUCUUCUCUUUUUCAUGCAUCUAGAGUUCUGAAGACAUAUUGUACUAAUUUCAUAUGGGAACUUUCUAUCUUGUUUUCCAUUCUUUUCUCAAUUGAGCACAAUCUGAGAUCAUAGAUAGAAAUUUUCUUGAUGGCUGAUGCCCAUAAAAAUAUAUAAAUCAUAUUCAAUACCAUCUAACUUAGUUUACUCUAUGAUUGGUAGCUUUUUAGGCAUUCAUAUUUAUACCAUCUUGGAUCAAUAUACAUUGCUCUCAAAUGCUUAGUUCCAAAAUUUCAUACCAAUAACCUAAUAAAAUUACUAAUACUGCCUUCUGUUUGAUGGCUUCAGUAGAGAACAUGCUCCCAUUACAUGGAUUUGUUUUUCAGUAUUAUGAACCUCUCGACCUAGCCAGAUUGUUUUUCUAUCUAUUGUUACCCUAGUCUCUUUUUGGUUGAUACAUUUGCAGUUCAUAUUUAGGAUUCGGAUACCUGUUAUAACAAACUAAAAACUAGUGAACUACCAUCAAACCAGAUAGUUCACACUGACAUAAAAAUUGAUUACCCAAAAUCAUGCUCUUCCUGGUGUAGGAUAAGCUUUUUUUUUUUUGUAAUCUCAGAAAUUAGAUGGUACUCUUGUGCUAUUACUUCUAUCUAGAAAGAUGGUGGUGCAAUCAACCAAAAAUGUGUAGUUGUUUCAAGAAAGUGUGUGCCUAAUUCUAUAGGCCUUACAAAUUGUUGACUGUGGUCCCAUAUUUUAUGUAUUUUUCAAAUACAUAGAGCUCAAUGCUAGAUAACAUCAACGUGGCUAACUCGAAAUAGUUGGGUUGAAUACGCACACCUUGUAUGACGUAGUUUGUUCAAUGAUGAUGGCUACUUAGGUCAUGACAUGGAUCUUAUCCUAAUUAUAUUCAUGUAAAGCUGAUACUAACAACUGAGGUUGAACAUCAUUGAUAGCAUUUUAAGAAUGUUUUGCUAUGCGGUUACUUUUUAUGUUGAAGACAAAUAGCACUUGAAAGCAUGGUUUAAAGUGCCGUGCCGAAACGAUCGAAACGGGCGAAAUGUCUCGUUCUGCUCAGCGACCGACACCGGCACUACCCCGGCACCAGACCCACGACAGGUGCGACGUAUUGCGUGACCCCGUGGUCACAGCGGAGGGAUCGCUCGACCCUGCAACAGUAGUGGAGGGGUCGCAUAACCCUUCCGUUGCCGCCGCGGAGGCAUCGUGCGACCCUGCGAUCACUGCAGAGGGGUCGCACGACCAACGUGGCCGCGCCGAAGGAGUCACGCAAUCCCCGCGGCCAUGACUUGUUGCGCAAUCCCGCGACAAUGCCGAAGUCGUGCGGGCUAGCGAGUGGUGUCGGAUUUCAGUAUUUUUUUAAUUAAACUUAGGUUAAUUAUUUUAAUCAACUCCUAGCUAUGAUAGAGAUAAUCUAAAGAGACUUUAUUAAAUCCUAAUAAA